GUUCAAAUCAAAAUGUCUUCUAAUCCAAAUCAAAAAUCAUCAAAAUUAUCAAAAUCCGGUUUUAAAGGUUUAUCUCGAUCAAAAAAACAUAAAAAAGGUAGAAAAGAUAAAGAAGAAGUCGAACAAGAAGAAAAAGACAAAGUAAACCAACUUAAUAUUUUAAAUACUUCGCCUAAAACAUUAACCACCUAUCAAAAUACAUUAAAUGAUCAAUCAAUGGAAAAGAACUCCUCUUCAUUGAAUGCGAUAAACUCUAUGGAUUUACAGCAAACCACUAACGGCAUAAACGAUCCAAUAGUUACCAAUUCUAUUACUGGGGUAACUAUUUCAUCGACUACAAAUGAAAAUACUUUUAGUACUAUUCUCAAUCAUAAUAACAAUAAUAAUAAAUCAAAACAGAAAAUUAAAAAAAAAGAGGAGAAAAAAUUAAAGUAUACUAAUACUACUACUACUAAUACUACUGAUUCAAUGAUCACAGUAUCUCAGUCAAAUUUACAACAUUCUAAUUCAAUUAAAACUAAAAAGAAACGUGGCUUAAAAUUACAUUCACAUAAUAAAUCAACAAAAAAAGAACAACAAACAAAAACUGUAAACAAAACUAUUUUUGGAAUGCCUUUAGAUGUAGCCUGUAGCAGAAAUCCUAGUCAUGAUGGAAUUGUUCUGCCAGCAUUUUUUCGUCAUUGUAUCGAUUAUAUUGAACAGUAUGGUUUAAGUUCUGAAGGAAUUUAUCGUGUACCAGGUGUACAUUCACAAGUGCAAGCAGUAAUCUCUGCAAUAGAUAAUGGUAUAGAAUUUCCAGAUAUUCCACCGACAUCAGCCGCAUUUUAUUGUAAUCAAGCUAACUAUACUAAACAACGUUCUAGUCAUUUUCAAAUUGGAUCUGAUUCUAGUUCUAAAGGGAAAAUACGACAUCUAAGCUCAUCUCAUUCUAAAUCGAAAGAGUACAAUUCUCAAUUCUCGCAUAAAUCUUCAGAUAAUCGUGGCAGAAAUAUACCUACACCGACUAAUUUUAUUACAGGAGCAUUCUGUGUAAAAAAUUCCAACUCCGGAUUAUUCAGUAAUUCACCAAUAAAACAAUCUUCAUCUAUAUUAACUACUACUAAUAAUAAUAGUAUAAGUCCACAAACAACAGAAAUCACUAUACUACCCCAUGAUCCAGCUGUUAUUGCUAGUGUAAUCAAACAUUUUCUACGUAGUUUACCUGAACCAAUUUUAACUAAACGUUUAAGUAAUGUUAUUGAAUCAUUCACUACAGAUAAUAUACAAUUUUAUCAUAAUUUAUCUGUAUUAAUUCAUCAAGAAUUACCUAUAUCAAAUCGUUAUUUAUUAGCAUGGAUUAUACAACAUAUGAUGAAUAUUAUUGAUAGAGCUGGUGAAAAUCGUAUGACAUUAGCUAAUAUUAUUAUUGUAUUAUCACCAUGUUUAGGUAUAAGUCAUCGUUUAUUGGGUAUAUUAUUAAAUCCUAUACUGCCUAAAGAUUUUUCUUUGGAUCUAUGUAAAUUAGAUCCAAAAUUGCCUCCAUUCAGGACAAAUAAUAUUGAUCCAAGUAAUUGGCAUUGGUUAUUUCCUCAUCCAAUUUAUCUAUUAAAAUCUUAUAUACCUCCAUUAAAAUCAUUAUAUGGAUUAGAAUUGCCUGAUACUAAUGAAGAAUUAGAUAUUGAAUUGAAGAAACAAGAAUCAUUGCUUGCUUAUUUAUGUGAACAAAUUCAACUGGAUGGUGAUGAAGCAAAUUCUAGCAAAGAAUAUCAUUUACGUAAUGUACAGCAUAUAAUGACAGAACUAAAACGACGUAAAACUUUAACGGAUCCUGAAGCGAUUCGACAAGAAAUAAUUAAACAACAAGCACACCUAGAUCGAUUACAUAAUUUAAUAAUACAAAGUAUAUCAAUGCCACCUACUAAUAUGCAUACUACUACUAUAUCUUCUUCUACUACUACUACUGCCCCUGUUGGUGGUGAUGGGUGCUCAGGUACAUUGAGUGGAUCCAAAGAUAAUUGUAAUCAACGUCGAAGAAUAACUGGAACUGACAAACACUCUAAAGGUCAUCGCCAACAUUCAACAACUUUUGAGAAGAUUCCUUAUUCCGAUGAACUAUGGGAAGUUCAACGUGAAAUAACAACACUUAAACGCAAGUUAAAACAACAUGAAAGAUCGAAAGCAUUACAACAAAAUCAACAAUCGUCAGAUAUGACCUCAGCAACAUCCACAUCAUCAUCAUUAGCGGGAACAAAUGAGUUAAAAUCAAAUAAUCCUUGUGUUUUGUUCAUGUCUGGUACCCCAUUAGUUAUACCGUCAGUUUCGGAAUUAGAUCAAGAGGAAGUUCUUAAUUUAACGUUAAGAAAAUUACCGAUUGAACCAAUUAGUUCAAUGACACAACAACUACCCACGACUUGUGAUGGUUGUUCAGAAAAAUCAAUCAAUGAUCAUAAUAACCAUGGUAACAUAGAAUUGAAUCAGCAAAUCUCGACAUCAACAGCAACACCAUUGGAAACAAUAACCGCUGCGAGUGGGACAGUGGUUACAAAUGAUUGUAUACAUCAAGAAGAUAACCAUCAUAUUGAUAAUGAUGAAUGCGGUGGUGGUGAUGCUAAUGAUAACAGUCAUAAUACAUUAAAUGUAAACAAUAUUGUACAAGAUGAAAAUAAUAACCAUGAAGAAGGAUAUUUAAAAGAGAAUACAGACAAUGAGAAUAAAGAUAAUCAUAUAAAUGAUAAAUCUAUGUAUCAACAAGAAGUUUUGACAUCAAAUAGCCAACAACAAGUGUCUAAUAUGGAUAACCAAGUCGUUGAACUAGAGAUCAAAUCUGAGGAUAUUUUACAUUCACCUUCAGAUCAAACUCCUAUAGAAAUUAAUGACAAAAUCAUUCCUAAUGUAUACACUCAGAAUACAUUGAUCCCCACUAAUACUAAUGAUAAUAAUAUUGUAUUAUAUCCUAAUGAAACAACUUCGAAUGUUGAUAACUCAACUUAUUCUAUCAGUCAUUCACCUUCACUUCCACCACCAUCAGAUUUAGCACCAAAAUUGUCAGAAUUUAUUAAAACUUCUUCUACAGUUGAUAUAAAUGAUCCUAAAUCACGUCAAAUUAUGUAUUAUAAAGCACGUAAACAAGAAUUGAUCGCAAUACAAACAGAUUUACAUGCACGAAUACGUUCAGAAAAUGCAGAAAUUAGUCGGUUACAGUCAUGUAUAAAUCACCUUCUAGAAUCUGGAGGUAGACGAGCCAAACGAAUAUAUCGUACCUAUAUGACGGCUAAACGUUUUUGUCCAGCUUGGUUGUUAAAUCAAAAUCCUAUUAUUUCAACACCACGACAUACUUUAAAUAAUGAAGAUCAAAUGAAUUAUUAUAUUUCACAACCAUGGACUAAAAUAGCUGAAAGUUUAACAACUGUAAUCAAUGACAAUGUUCUUGAUGAUGAUGACGAUCAUACUACUGCUACUACACAAUAUAGUAGUAUUAAUAAUCAAAAAGAAACAUGUUUGCUCGAUGAGUAUUCAAGUGACUCCGAUCGUCACCACCGUCAUCUUCAUUCUGAUAAUGAUGAUCAUGGUGAUGUUGAUUCGUUGGUAGAACCAAUUUUAACGAAUAGAGGUUCUUCACCUGAUUCAGUCGCUUAUUCACGUCUAACUGAAGAAGUAAACGAUAUAAAUUCUGUACAAAAUGUACAACUAACAAAACAUGAACAAAACAAUGAUGAUGAUGAUGAUGAUGACGACGACGAUGAUGAUGAAGAAGAAGAAGAAGAAUAUGAUGAUGAAGAUGAAUGUGAGCUAGAAUUAGCUACAACAUUACAUCAACUAACAUUGGAUAAUGCUCGUUUAGAACAACUCAAUGCUCGUUCGUUAGAAGCUAUACAAGCUGAACGAAAUCGCUGCGCCGAUUUAAAAGUUUUACUCAAACUUCGUCAUAAUUCCUACAAUAAACCAAUAGGCACUAUUUAA